UUGUUAUUCUUUAAUUUAUUUUUCAGUUUAUUGCAUAAAUGCGGAAAAAAUUAUGUCCAAAGUCUCUAGGAAGUUCAGUGAAACAUUAUAACAGUAAUACACUGGGAAAAACAAAAAGUCUCAACAGUUGUAGGAUUAUAAAAUGUAUAUUUUCAGGUUUCUGUUUUUGUGGUUCUGUAGUAACAAUGUACAUGCAAAUAUUCAAAGUAAUUAAUACCUGUAUGACUACAUGACUACACAAGACACUUCUGAACCCAGAGCAGAUAUACUGUUUUUUUCACCAAUUGAGAAUCCAGUUCCCAGUACUUUGGCCUCCACCCCAUCCGCACCAACAAAUGCACCCGUAUCAACUCCAAGUCCCAGUUUCACACAAAAAAACAGUUUAUCCCCUAAUGUUUUUAUGCUUUUAGUUAUGGGAUGUUUUCCAAUAACUAUGGUAUUUUAAGCUGAAAAUUUGGUUGCAAUGGUGCAUUUUUGCAAAGGUGGAUGAGGGGGGUUUGUAACACAAAAGCAUAUGUUGUUCUAACUUGGACAAAUUAGGCUUUACUUUCAGUUCUUAUAGUGCUCUAAAAGGAGAUCUCAUCAUAUGGAAACAAUAAAUGCACUUUUUUUCCACUUGCUACAAAUCUCAUUUGAUCCUGGUUAGAUUCACGUCUGUGAUCUGGAAUUCCUCUGCAGAGAACAUCUACUCCCACCUGGACGAGGAGAGCUCAGAGUCGUCGUCUCAGACCACGGCGCUGAACGUCGAAAGGCCCUGGCCGAGGCCCAAGAUCUUCAUCUGUUACUCCAGUAAAGACUGUCCCAAACAUCUCGCUGUCAUCCAGAGCUUCGCCUUCUUCCUGCAGGACUUCUGCGGGUGUGAGGUGUCUCUGGAUCUCUGGGAACAUCUGGAGAUCUGUAAGGAGGGUCAGAUGGCUUGGCUGAGCCGGCGUAUCAAUGAGGCUCACUUCAUCAUCACCGUCUGCUCCAAAGGUCUGAAGUAUUUUGCGGAGAAAAGACAGAAGGAGAACAACCAAGAACCGAGCGUAAUAUAA